UGAGCCUUGCCGAAAGCCAUUUUGUUUUUCAGGGCUCUUUGCAAGGGUAACCGAGUCCGCUGCAGCAGUUGCCCUAGUUGUGUCUCCAGCUUCACGAUGUUUCCCUUGGCCAAAAACGCACUGAGUCGUCUCGGAGUUCGAAGCAUUCAGCAAACAAUAGCAAGGCAGAGCCACCAGAAACGUGCACCUGAUUUCCAUGACAAAUACGGUAAUGCUGUAUUAGCUAGUGGAGCCACUUUCUGUGUUGCUGUAUGGACGUAUACAGCAACACAAAUUGGAAUAGAAUGGAACCUGUCCCCUGUUGGCAGAGUCACCCCAAAGGAAUGGAGAGAUCAGUAAUCAUCCCAGCUGAUGUGAUUAUUGAAAUGUUUCAAAACCAACUUAUAAUUGAUGAAAGUAAAAGCAUUGUGUAUCCAUUAAAAUACGGCAUUAAUGAAGAAAUAAAGUACAUUUGAAACCUUU